AGUCGAACGCUCGAAGAAGAAAGUUGUUUACAUCGGCACAGCUCAAGGAAGAAUACGGAUAUUUUCAGUUUUUUCUCGUAUCUUCGUAAAAGUGUGAUUCGAAAUAUGAUAAACACUCACUGGAGUAUCAUUUAGAUGUGAAGUUCUUUAUAAAAGUGUCAAAAUAGCCGUAGAAAAGUGAUUUCUUUCCACUAUUGGCACAAUGGUAUUCUUGAAGACAAACAUGGAUACACAGAAGACGACGAGCAAGACGAGUCUCCUGAACAGGAUGCUGAUGAAGGCGUGGCGCGAGAGAUGGACAGAUUGUCAGUGGGGCAUCAACAUCAAAACGGUUCUGCCGCGAGGAGUGAGCGGAGAUGUUUACAACCUGGCGGAUUGCAUUCUGCAGCAAGCUGUUGUUGGUUCAGGAGCCAACCAACUUGUCUUGUCGUACUUGCGACACUCUCUGUGCUCUCAUCUCGUCUCCCACGCGGCUGUGCUGAAGCGCAUCUCGAAGUACGACGGCUUGGAUAAGCCUCACUGCAUUUUUGCGCUGCUGGAGUUCCUGGAGUCCAUCAUCAGCGGAGUGACUUGUCGCGGGAAGACCGAGGAGACGAUGAUUGUCAACUCUGUGACGUCUGUCGUGCUGUGGUUGAUGCAAGUCUACGCGACGGCUGCCAGAAUGCCUUCCGGUGAGGUGUCGGGCUUUGACUGGAGCAGCAUCACGAAGAGAGUGUCAAGUGUGAUGGAGAGCAUCGUCCAGAGUCAAUUCCUGAUGGGCAUUCUGUAUCUGGGCAAGCAGGAGGAUGCUGAAUUGUUUGGCAAAAUUGGGAAGAAGUAUCAGGAGAUUGUCAGCAUGAGUGGUGUGAAGAAUUCGGGGAUUGAGGAGGCGCUCAAGAAGGUGACUUUCAUUGAAUUGAAUCAGCUGGAGAUGAUAGAAAUGGAGCCCAAAGGCGUGGAAGCCAUCACAUAUUGUCUGCAGCCUUUGCUGGCUGUUGAGGUUCUUCUGAAUCCCAGCUCAGACACGCAAAUCUAUGUGAAUCAACUGCUGAUGAUUCAGCGCCUGAAAGGAUAUUCUGCGCCAAGGCUGUAUUGCGAGCUCAUCAGGGCGUGUCUGAUCUCGCUGAACAACGUGAGUGGCCCGAACAGGGAGUCGAUGUGGUGUGCUUUCACAUUCAUCAAAGUGCCGCACAUCUUGAAGCAAUUGAAUGCACUGAGCAAGGAUUACGACGAGAAGCUGGACUACUCACCGGACGUGAUUGAGGCACUGGAGAUGUUGCUGGAAGAUGCGCCUGUGCUGGACUUUAUGGACACGAAGUGUGUUUGCAACACAAUUGAGUGCUUCAUGACGGAAUUGCUGAAGCAGCAUCUCGUGACGGAGAAGCAGAUCGGCAUGUUUUCCGCGCGUCGCGAGAGCAUCACGAGUAGCUUGCAGAAGUUGGAGAUCAACAAUCAACAGCCGUCGAUUGUGAAAUUCGUGCUGAGGGCAGAACCACCGUUGGCGGGGAUUCUGAAGACUCUCAGCACGGAUUACAACAAAGUCCAGGAGGCGCUGCUGAGUAUGCUGUGUCAGGUGCUGUCGGGCAACAGCUUUGAGCUGAUCUUAUCCGUGGCCACGGUCGAGGGGAAGCUGAAGACUUUCGUUUCGCGCCUGAUCAAGUGCAACGAGUGCUCAAAACAGGUGCCAGGAGAAACGGGCAAGGCCGCUCUCACGCGCGCAGCUCUCUUUGACGUGUCCUUCCUGAUGCUGACCUUCAUUGUGCAGACGUUCGGCUCGGAUGUCGUGCUGGACGAGGGCGGGGACAGCUUCUUCGAGAAGUGGGUGCGAGAGUGCAUGGUGGAGAGGAACAAGUGCAAACCGCCCAUGGCGAUGGUGCAACAGUGCGAUCAGGUGAAGGUGGACGAACUCCUGCUGCACCUGCACUCCCCGGACUCCUACAAGGUGCCGCAACUGAAGUGGCACGAAGUGUGCAACAAUAUCCCGGGAGUUCUCUAUCACGUGCUGCUCGCCUGGGAGAACGGACAAUCGCCCACUGACGUGAAGAACAUCCUGGACAACAUGAAGGUGAAGCUCUGCGCCUAUUCCGUGUGUGCCGCAUCCUGGCUCUGCUCCUAUCUGCAGAUCGUGUGCGCCGAUGAUCUGCUGAAGCCCAUGAAUAUGGUGCAGCAAUUCCUCACGGCGAUCGCGCCUGAGGAGAUGGCGCAGCAGGAGAACUUCAAGGAGCGCCUCGGAUUGACAUUCCAGAUCAUCAGGAAGAUGCAGCACGAUUUCCAUCCGGCGGGAAAUGCCAAGAUGCGCAUGAUGCUGACGCACAAUCUCGUGUCCUCGAGUCCGCUGGCUGAGAACUUCGGCGAGGUGUGGAAGAGUGUGCAGGAGAGAGGCUGGCUGCCCGUGGACGCCGCUCAAACGCUGGAGAGUCUGAUGCAGUCAUGUGGGCCGCUGUGGCUCGUGACCAAACUCGUGCAGGAGAUCUUCGCGUGUCGCCACAUCAGCGACAUGCUGCGCGUGAUGGACAUCGCCUUUGCCAUCAUGCAUCUGGACAUUGAGCAGUGCACUGUAGCUCUGCUGGAGGAUUUGUUGCCCAUGUUGCUGCUCAAUAAGCUACAGUGUGUGGAACUCAUGGAGCCACACUCGAGCGUCGUGGCGCGUCUCUGCGUCUGUGCAAUCCUGGCAACACUCGAGACGCCCGGGAGGAUGAAGAAGAAGCGCUCCAGGACAGACCAGGAGGACAUCGAGACACUCUGUCCGCCGCCCAAAGUGAGGAAACUCAAUCCGGACCUCACGGCUGGUGAUUCGUGCUCGAGCGACAUGCCGACUGAGAAUUUGAUCAACCGCGAACCGCCCGCCACUGUGCCAGAGCCGCUGGCGGGCUGUUUUCAGAGUCUGCUGAAGAUGUUUGCCACUUUUGUGACGACGGACGAGUUUUCGCCCAAGGUGCAUUUCAUCUUUCACUUCCUCGUGCUUCUCGUGCAGUGCGGCCGCGACAGAGUGAAACCAUUGCUGCGCCUGUUGCCGCCAGGAUUCGUGCAGAAUCUCCUGAAGAUCAUCGUCACGGAUGACUUCACUCCAGGACUGAUUCUUCGUCUGUACGAUUUGCAAGCAUCACGACAAGGAGCAGUGACGGAUUUGUGUCUUCUGAGGAACAUUCAGUUGCGCAAGGAGAGCAUCAGACUCUGA